AAGGAAGGAAGGAAGAAAGGAAGAAAGAAAGGAAGGAAGAAAGGAAGGAAGAAAGGAAGGAAGGAAGAAAAGGCAGUGUCUGAGCCUCCAAGGAGGAGCUGGCAGAGGCUGAGGAUCAGACUUUCCCAGCCUUUCCUACCCUGGGUCUGAGUCCUGCUGGGGUUCAGAAGCAAGUGUGCUAAAAAUGCCCUGGGGAUGUGAGGCCUUCAGCAGGUGUUAAUGGCUUGACACUUCAGUUUCCUGGAAAACAUAAGUAUUUGCCUCCUGGAGUUUGGAUAUUCCAAGUGAAACCUAGCACUACUAUUGAGAAGGGAGUGGAAACCCUGUUUUGGAUUCAAAAUGUAGGAAGCUUUUGCCUGGUAACACAGUACCAUGGCCUCUGCCAGGUCUCCUGGCUUUCACAAUGAGGUGAAGGUAUACGUCUGUUACAGACCCACAGACACCAGUGGGGGCACGGCCCGGUAUAGGAACUCUAGGAUGGAUUGGGAGCCAGCUUGAAGGGAAUCGCCCUCGUCUUUCCAUAGCCAGCAGUUCCCUCUUCUUCUAGUCCAGGCGGUCUCAUUCCUUCCAGGCACCCCAGGCCUUUCUCCUGCCUAGCACACUCUUCCCUCUGCAGAGUGAAGAAGAAAUGUCAGGAAUUCCAAGCCAUUUAGCACAACCCAUAGUUCCCUUUUGUUUCAGGUGCCAGAUGGCGUAGUAGAACACUGCGAUGAUUCUCUUAGGAUUUUUUUGUUCAUCAUCAUCAUAGACAUUCAUUUUUACUUUAAAAUAGUGCAUUAAAAUAUGACCUAUAAGGAUGAGUGAAUUAUUUUGCAAACUCUUUAAACUCACCACGAACUGCUAAAAUCUUUGGCUCUCAGGUUUUUUUUUUUUGUUUGUUUGUUUUUGUUUUUGUUUUUGUUUUUGUUUUCAGAUGAGGAUGGUGUGAUGUGGAGUGUGUUUGGACACAGGAUCCUGUAGACUGUGCCAGUCGCGUUAAACUUGUGAUUCUCUUGCCCUCCUAGCCCAGUUCCACCCAGUGUUCACUCCCCUGCCUCUGUUUCCUCCGCGCUCAGGCAUGGCUCACAAGUCUAGAUACCCACCCGUCCAGGGCAAUUUACUUGGGCGAUUGAUCACCGCGGGUCGCGCGGGGUGGGGCUGGCAGGCUGGGCACCUCGCGUGGGAAGGUCGGCGUAGAAGUCCCGACCCGGCCAGACUUCCUGCCCGCGGGGCCCGAGGCUCUGGCACUGGAUACGCGCCAGGGGGCGUCGCUGGGCGGGAGCGGCUUCAGCGGCGCGGGCAGCACGGGCGGCGGAUCGCGGGGACAGCUCACCUGGACCGACGACAUGGAGGACGGCGUGCUCAAGGAGGGCUUCCUCGUGAAGAGGGGACACAUUGUCCACAACUGGAAGGCACGAUGGUUUAUCCUUCGGCAGAACACACUCCUGUAUUACAAGCUAGAGGGAGGCCGGCGAGUGACCCCACCCAAGGGAAGAAUACUCCUCGAUGGCUGCACCAUUACUUGCCCCUGCCUGGAGUAUGAAAACCGGCCGCUCCUCAUUAAGCUGAAGACCCGAACUUCCACUGAGUACUUCCUGGAGGCUUGUUCUCGAGAGGAGAGGGAUUCCUGGGCCUUUGAGAUAACAGGAGCUAUCCACUCAGGGCAGCCGGGGAAGGUCCAGCAACUCCACAUACAGAAAAACUCCUUCAAGUUGCCCCCACACAUCAGCCUGCAUCGAAUUGUGGACAAGAUGCAUGACAGCAGCAGUGGAAUCCGGCCGUGUCCCAACAUGGAGCAGGGAAGCACCUACAAAAAGACCUUCCUGGGCUCCUCCUUGGUGGACUGGCUCAUCUCCAGCAGCUUUGCAGCCAGCCGUCUGGAAGGAGUGACCCUGGCCUCCAUGCUUAUGGAAGAGAACUUCCUCAGGCCAGUUGGGGUCCGGAGCAUGGGAGCUAUUCGUGCCGGGGAUCUGGUUGAGCAGUUUCUGGAUGACUCCACAGCCCUGUACACUUUCGCUGAAAGCUACAAGAAGAAGGUAAGCUCCAAGGAGGAGAUCAGUCUCAGCACCAUGGAGUUAAGUGGCGUAGUGGUGAAACAAGGCUACCUAUCCAAGCAGGGGCACAAGAGGAAAAACUGGAAGGUGCGCCGAUUUGUUCUGAGGAGGGACCCAGCUUUCCUGCAUUACUAUGACCCUUCCAAAGAAGAGAACAGGCCAGUAGGUGGGUUUUCUCUUCGUGGGUCCCUUGUGUCUGCUCUGGAGGAUAAUGGUGUUCCUACUGGAGUCAAAGGGAAUGUCCAAGGAAAUCUCUUCAAAGUGAUUACGAAGGACGACACACACUAUUAUAUCCAGGCCAGCAGCAAGGCUGAGAGAGCAGAGUGGAUUGAAGCUAUCAAGAAGCUAACAUGACCUAAGGGAACAGGACCUGGGCCCUCAUUCUCAUCAACUGAUAUAGAUGGGAUUUCAUGGAGAACUGGAGUACAAGACAGACGUUGGACUUGGAUAUGGCUCAAUGGUGGAGGACCUGUCUGGGCAAUCCUGAGGCCCCGGGUUCAAUUAUCAGAAAAGACUUUAAAGUUGUCCAUUUUGUACUGCUUUGGAGUGAGACUACUCAAGAUGGUUCCUCAGAUCACAGUGGUGGAGAGAUUUACUUGUCUUCUAACCACCGAUUUGAAAAGCUGGGACGGCUGUUAGGUGGCAUCGUCUUGACUUUUGCUCUUCAGGACAGAAAUCUGUGUCUUGUUGGGCGUUGGUGGUGCACACCUUUAAUACCAGCACUGAAGAGGCAGAGACAGGUGGAUCUCUGUGAGUUCAAGGCCAGCCUGGUCUACAGAGUUCCUGGACAGGGCUACACAAACUCUGUCUUGAGAAACCACACCCACCUGUGUCUUUGGGGACCAUGGUAGUAUCUCUUUGUUGGAACACUAAUUUGGGCUUUGCUAUAUUAUAUUACUCUAGUCUUAAGACAGCUCUGAGUGAUUUCAACAAUUCACAUCUUUGGAAUUAAUAAAGAUUGGCAUUUGUCUCUAUUUCUUGUACAGUUUUAUGGUCCUCACAUGUUUACUCCCUGUAAGGCCCUAUGUAUUACAGAAACUGGUUAUGGGAAAACCUCAAGCAACCUGUCACUAGGAUGACGUAUCUCAUUUUAAAGUGGUGAUGCUGGCAAACUUUUGACUGUUCAGAAGAUAUUUUGCUUUGCAGAGUAGGACAGCAAAUAUCA